CUUUACGUCGUAAAGAUGGUAAAGAUGUCUGCAAUUGGCUAGUGGUCGAGAAUUUUUUAAAUUGUGGACUUCUCCCCCUCUUUCCCAAGAAUGUUGUCGUCGAUUGUGUCUUUAUGACAGAGAAAUGUUGAUUAAUUUCUGUGAUCCUCGUUUGAGGCCAGAAAUUGAGUGUAGCACCAUCAGCACAGAAGGGUACGAAGUGUCUAACUUAAUAACCAACUCUGACAAAGGUUUCUUAGCGUACGCUUGCAUUAAACCCCCUGUGAACAUCGAUAUCACCUUUCUUUGCAAUGUAUCUAUCAGUCAUAUUUUGAUAUGGCCCCAUGUUGGCUCCCAAAGAUCAUCAGGCUUUCAAUUGUACGCUAAAACGAGCAAUGAUGCCAGUAUGCCUUAUACCAUGUUGGCCAGUGGAUUUUUGGAUCGUUCGAAUUCUGGAUUGCUACUUUGCGAGUCGAAUGUUAAUCACGAAACACUCUCGGUUCCUGAAAAUUUUCUGAAACGGCAUAUAAAACCGUCCGUAAGAUAUUUAGCGACGUAUAUAAAUAAUCUACGGAUAUGCAUAUGCAAAACAGAUAACUCAGUACCUGCAUUAGGAAAAAUUGAAGUAUGGGGAAGUGUUUCAUCGCGUUGUGGGAAGGACAUUAUUGCUAGUAUAUCUACAUUGUGGUGUAAACAUGAAUUCCAUGAGUUUAAGUCUGUAAAAAGAGAACAAUCUGAGGAACAGUCUUCUUCAUCUAACUCUAUAGAUAAAUCUCAACGUUUGGUUCUUCCUAUUACUGUUGUAAAUAGCAGCUUUGGAGAAGCAUUAGACUCAUCCUUACAAGUACCAGAGCCUUUCUUAGAUGCCAUUACUUGGGAAAUCAUGACACAGCCUAUCUUAUUGCCCAGUGGAAAGAUUAUUGAUCAGAGUACUUUACAAAAGCAUGAAGAAACUGAGGCAUUGUGGGGAAGAAGGCUGACGGAUCCUUUCACUGGUUUAUCAUUUAGUGAAGAUCGCAAACCUGUUGUAGCAACUGCAUUGAAAAUGAGAAUAGAUAAAUUUCUACUUGAAAAUAGUAAUGCAGAAGAGGUCAAGAGAUUGCCAAGGGUUUUAGGUCGUACAUUAUCUUUAGGCAUAACAGAAAAAACAACUACAGAUAUUCCCAAGUAUUUGUUACAUCAGACUGUGUUCAAUAAAUCCUCAAAUGAUCGUAAGCCAAAGUUGCACUGUUCUGUAACAACCACACAAGGGAACAAGAAGUCCUGUCAUCAAUUGCCAGUUGUUGUGAUACCCCAUAAAAGAACUGCUUCCACUUUGGCAAAACCAACAAAGAAAAGAAAGAUUUUCGAUUCGGUUGAGUCAUCGAGCAAAGAUGUGAAAGGUGAAGUAAACAGUAAUUGUACUGAUAUUGAUACAAGUGUUGAUAUUAGUACAAUUAUACCGCAUCUAAAGCGGUUUGAUAGUAUUCCAGAAGUGAAUAAUAGUGCAAGUUCUAGGUUGAAUUGUACUUGCUGUCCAAAUGGAAUUUUUUAUGAACUUCCAUGCAAACAUAUUACUUGUAGAAAAUUAUUAACAACUAUCAAAAACAGUAAGUGUACAUUAUGUGGUACAAUGUAUAAAAACAAUGAAAUAAAACGUAUUCACGAAUAAGUAA